CACCGUGGUCUCGUAGAGUAGAAUCGCGAAACAACCUCCACCGACCUUCCUUUCAUUCCCGUAAUCCGUCUGCGUAGGGUGUGCUCCGGAGCUAGUCUCGGCACACGUUGUAUUAUUAUGAAACAAACCAAAAGCUAGAGAGCACACGCAGACAUAUUUUUAUAAGAAAAAUAAAAAUCGGUGAAGCAGGAUUUCAUUUACAACGCGAACAAGAAGAGACGCUGAAGAAGAAGAAGAAGGAGAGACCCGUUAGCAACCAAGCAGUUAGCCUCAUUGUGCAAAGCGUGGGUAUACACCGCCAGCCUGUUAUAUUGUUAACCACUUAUCUCUCCCUUUAAGGGCUUUGUCAUUCGACUAAACGAGCAUAUUUGUUUCGUUUCCUACCAGUUAUUUAGCUCACUGAGUGAAAACGGUGCAGCCUGCGAGCCUCAUCGGUUAUAGGCCUCGCUCCGACAUCUUGCUAAUCAAGCUAACAUUAAUUAGCCCAUGUUGCUAACUGCUAAGCUAGCCAGUACAUGUGUCUGCGCUCUUGAUUAUUAAAGAGACUGAGAACUCUUCAUACAGGAGGCUUUUAUUGGCUGACGGUUGUCAAAUACUAUACCGAGCUAAUAUCAUUAAUACAGUUGUCGUAUAGCCUGAGAACACGCAGUCAUGAAUCCCAGCGCGCCCAGCUACCCGAUGGCUUCCCUCUAUGUGGGAGACCUGCACCCAGACGUGACCGAGGCCAUGCUCUACGAGAAGUUCAGCCCGGCCGGGCCCAUCCUGUCCAUCAGGGUCUGCAGAGACAUGAUCACCCGCCGGUCCCUUGGCUAUGCCUAUGUCAACUUCCAGCAGCCAGCUGAUGCUGAGCGAGCCCUGGACACCAUGAACUUUGAUGUGAUCAAAGGCAGGCCCCUCCGCAUCAUGUGGUCCCAGCGUGAUCCCUCACUGAGGAAGAGUGGAGUGGGCAACAUCUUCAUCAAGAACCUGGACAAGUCCAUUGAUAACAAGGCCCUCUACGACACCUUCUCUGCUUUUGGAAACAUCCUUUCCUGCAAGGUUGUUUGUGAUGAAAAUGGCUCAAAGGGUUACGGCUUUGUGCACUUUGAGACCCACGAGGCUGCUGAGCGGGCCAUUGAGAAAAUGAAUGGCAUGUUGCUCAAUGACAGAAAAGUAUUUGUUGGACGCUUCAAGUCCCGUAAAGAGAGGGAAGCUGAGCUCGGGGCACGUGCAAGGGAGUUUACCAACGUCUACAUCAAGAACUUUGGGGAGGACAUGGAUGACGAGAAGCUUAAAGAGUUGUUUGGUAAAUACGGGCCUGCACUCAGUAUCCGGGUUAUGACCGAUGAGAGUGGCAAAUCCAAGGGAUUCGGCUUUGUCAGCUUCGAGAGACACGAAGAUGCACAGAAGGCUGUCGACGACAUGAAUGGUAAAGAAAUGAAUGGCAGACAGGUGUAUGUGGGCCGCGCACAGAAGAAAGGGGAGCGCCAGAAUGAGCUCAAGCGUAAAUUUGAGCAGAUGAAACAGGAUCGCAUGACCAGAUACCAGGGUGUCAAUCUGUAUGUGAAAAACCUGGAUGAUGGCCUAGAUGACGAGCGCCUGCGUAAAGAAUUCUCUCCAUUCGGAACCAUUACAAGUGCUAAGGUGAUGAUGGAGGGUGGCCGCAGCAAAGGCUUUGGCUUCGUUUGCUUCUCUUCCCCAGAGGAGGCCACUAAAGCUGUAACGGAGAUGAAUGGGCGCAUUGUUGCUACAAAGCCACUGUAUGUGGCCCUGGCCCAGCGCAAGGAGGAGCGUCAAGCCCAUCUCACCAACCAGUACAUGCAGAGGAUGGCCACAGUCCGCGCUGUGCCCAACCCGGUCCUCAACCCAUAUCAGCCUGCCCCACCGUCAGGCUAUUUCAUGGCCGCUAUACCUCAGCUUCGUCCCACUCAGGCCCAGAACCGUGCUGCAUACUAUUCCGCCAACCAGCUGGCCCAGCUCCGCCCCAGCCCCCGUUGGGCCACUCAAGGAGUGCGUCCUCAACACUUCCAAAACAUGCCCAACGCCAUGCGCCCAUCAGCCCCCAGGCCCCAGACCUUCAACACCAUCCGUCCCACCGCCACCCCCAACACGCAGGUCCCACGCAUGAUGGCUUCCCAGCGUAUGCCCACCCAGGCCCUCAGCCAACGCCCUACCGGUGCUUCAGCCACAGCCGCCCCAGUGCGCGCCAUGCCCCAGUACAAAUAUGCAGCUGGUGUGCGCAACCCCCAGCAGCACAUGACCUCCCAGCCACAGGUCCCCAUGCAGCAGCCUGCUGUCCAUGUCCAAGGACAAGAGCCCCUGACGUCCUCCAUGCUGGCUGCUGCUCCUCCUCAGGAACAGAAGCAGAUGCUGGGUGAGCGUCUGUUCCCCCUGAUCCAGAGCAUGCACCCCAGCCUGGCAGGCAAGAUCACCGGUAUGCUGCUGGAGAUUGACAACUCCGAACUCCUCCACAUGCUUGAGUCACCCGAGUCGCUGCGCUCAAAGGUGGAUGAGGCUGUUGCUGUGCUUCAGGCCCACCAGGCCAAGGAGGCUGCUCAGAAGUCUACCACACCUGCUGGUGUUCCCAGCGUCUAAGAUCGUGCUUUUUGAAACCUGCUUCACCGAUGGAAAAAGAGAAAAAAAUAUUAAACAUUGAAAAACCUAAAACUCUGAAAACAUCGCAAAAUGAUAAAUUAUUUCUUAAAAAAAGAAUAAAACAACUAAAUCUGCCGGGUCUAGUGAUGGUUUGACUAGACCUUGAUCAUAAAUAAAAAUUUGUUGAAAAAAAAAAUAGUAAAAUAGAAAAAAAAAAUUGAGAUAAUAAAUUUGAAUGCAUUCCUCUGUUUUAUGUCAUUUUACCGUGUCAGUGCUCAGAAUAUCAGCCAUGUUUAGGAAGGGUGGUUGCUGAGCAUUAUGAAAGGAGAUUUGUAUUGUGAAUGGCUGUAAUAAAUUCUCAUUCAAA